AACACGCGUACCACAUUAGCAGGAAGUGGCUGGUUACAGGGCGUCAGAGUCCCCGAGGGAUGGGUUCUUAUCUCCCGACUCAGGCGUGAACGGGACAGAUUGGUGCGCGCCACGGCCGAGGAAGGUCCCUGGCGCAGGCCCUGGAUAUUUGUGUCAGCGCCGCCGCCACCGUCCCAGCAGAUGGGUCGGGACACACGCUCCCGCUCGCGGUCCGCUGGUCGCAGGGGCCAAAGGCAGCGGAGUCGGAGCCGAAGUCGGAGCGGGAGCCAUGGACGGCGAAACCGGCGGCGUCAGGACGACGAGGGUCGGCGCAGACGGAGGCGGAGCAGGAGGAGGCAGCGGAGCCGUGAGCGCAGGUCAGAUUCAGAGGAGGACCAGUGGCAGCGGCGAGGGAGACAGAGCCGGAGCCCACAACCCCCUCAAUGGCGCUCAAAGGACCGGUCGUCUCAGUCUGACUCAGAUAGUGAGUGGCGGCGGCAGCGGGGCCACUGGGCCCACAGGCAGUGGACACGCUCUUGGUCCCCGGGCUCCUCUGCAUCCAGCUCAGCAUCGCCAGACCUCUCCCAGAGCUCGCGGGAGGCGGCCGAGGCCCUGAGCCAGCAGCAGAGCCUGCAGGAGCGGCUGCGGCUGCGCGAGGAGCGGAAGCAGCAGGAGGAGCUGAUGAAGGCCUUUGAGACGCCCGAGGAGAAGCGGGCCCGGCGCCUGGCCAAGAAGGAGGCCAAGGAGAGGAAGAAGCGGGAGAAGAUGGGCUGGGGCGAGGAGUACAUGGGCUACACCAACACCGACAACCCCUUCGGCGACAACAACCUCCUGGGUACCUUCAUCUGGAACAAGGCCCUGGAGAAGAAGGGGAUCAGCCAUCUGGAGGAGAAGGAGCUGAAGGAGCGAAACAAAAGGAUCCAGGAGGACAAUCGGCUGGAGCUACAGAAGGUGAAGCAGCUGCGGCUGGAGCGAGAGCGGGAGAAAGCCAUGCGUGAACAGGAGCUGGAGAUGCUGCAGCGGGAGAAGGAGGCAGAGCACUUCAAGACCUGGGAAGAGCAGGAGGACAAUUUCCAUCUCCAGCAGGCCAAGCUGCGCUCCAAAAUCCGUAUCCGGGAUGGGCGGGCCAAGCCCAUUGACCUGUUGGCCAAGUACAUCAGCGCCGAGGACGACGACCUGGCCGUGGAGAUGCAUGAGCCUUACACUUUCCUCAACGGCCUCACGGUCGCCGACAUGGAGGACCUGCUGGAGGACAUCCAAGUGUACAUGGAACUUGAGCAGGGCAAGAACGUGGACUUCUGGCGGGACAUGACCAUCAUCACAGAGGACGAGAUCUCCAAGCUCCGCAAGCUGGAGGCCUCAGGCAAGGGCCCAGGUGAGAGGCGAGAGGGCGUUAACGCCUCUGUCAGCUCUGAUGUGCAGUCGGUCUUCAAGGGGAAGACGUACAGCCAGCUGCAGGUCAUCUUCCAGGGCAUCGAGGGCAAGAUCCGGGCUGGGGGCCCCAACCUGGACAUGGGCUACUGGGAGAGCCUGCUGCAACAGCUGCGUGCCCACAUGGCACGUGCCAGGCUCCGCGAGCGGCACCAGGACGUGCUGCGGCAGAAGCUCUACAAGCUGAAGCAGGAGCAGGGCGUGGAAAGUGAGCCGCUGUUCCCCAUCCUCAAGCAGGAGCCCCAGUCUCCUGGCCACAGCCUGGAGCCUGAGAACUCGGCCCCAACCCCUCCUGGGCCCUCCUCAGAGGGCGUCUCCGCAGACCCUGAGGCGGAGGGGGCAGCCCCGGCAGAGGGGGAGCCGGAGGGAGAGGCCGUGCUCAUGGAGGAGGACCUAAUCCAGCAGAGCCUGGAUGACUAUGACGCUGGCAAGUACAGUCCCCGGCUGCUCACAGCCCACGAGCUGCCGCUGGACGCCCACGUGCUGGAGCCUGAUGAGGACCUGCAGCGCCUGCAGCUAUCACGGCAGCAGCUCCAGGUCACAGGUGAUGCGAGUGAGAGCGCAGAGGACAUCUUCUUCCGGCGGGCCAAGGAGGGCAUGGGUCAGGACGAGGCGCAGUUCAGCGUGGAGAUGCCACUGACUGGCAAGGCCUACCUGUGGGCUGACAAGUACCGACCGCGCAAGCCGCGCUUCUUCAACCGCGUGCACACUGGCUUUGAGUGGAACAAGUACAACCAGACGCACUACGACUUCGAUAACCCGCCACCCAAGAUCGUGCAGGGCUACAAGUUCAACAUCUUCUACCCUGACCUCAUCGACAAGCGCUCCACGCCUGAGUACUUCCUGGAGGCCUGCCCUGACAACAAGGACUUUGCCACCCUGCGCUUCCAUGCCGGGCCCCCCUAUGAGGACAUCGCCUUCAAGAUCGUCAAUCGCGAGUGGGAGUAUUCACACCGCCAUGGUUUCCGUUGCCAGUUUGCCAACGGCAUCUUUCAGCUCUGGUUCCACUUCAAGCGCUACCGCUACCGGCGGUGAUGGCCCCGUCUUCCUCCAGGACCACCUGAUGGCGGUGGUGAAGCUGGCAGCCACCCCCGGCCGGUUCACAGUCCAUCCCAGGCUGGGCCUCCCCCUCGCCACCCUCACUUUGUCUGCAUGAACAGCAGGUCACAGGAACUGCCUUGGAAAAUGGAGGGGAUGGCCGGGCCAGCCUGGCCCAGGAUUCUGACACGCAGGUGCCGGGCCACUGGUGGUUUCUCGGAGCCCAGGGAACCCAGCUAGUGUCGGCCAACUUCACUGUCCACAUGGGCAGACAGGCCCAAGCCUCGCUCUGCGACAAGCCCUGAGCUUGGGGCUGCAUGGAGCCAGGAGGUGGAAUGCCAGGCUUUUGAGGAGCAGGAGACCCAAGUCCAAAGCGUCGAUUGGCGCUUAGACGCAGCCAGCGGCAGCAGGACCCACACCCCGGGCCCUUUCCCAGCUGGCCUCCCUUGGAGCCUGUAGCAGUAGGUCCUGGAGCCUUGCUGUGUGUGUUCUAGAAGAGACCAUCUGAAGGACAUGCAAGUUCUGCAGUCCCCCCCACCUCGCCCUUGAUGCUGACUGUGGGGUCAGUCUCCCCCCAAGUGGGUGUGAAGGACACAUCAUUGUCCACCAUCAGGUCCAGGAACCAAGGGUCACUGAGAUGUCCUUCCUCAGUCACUGAUGGCAGGAGCUCCCAGGAGCCCAGCCUCCAUAGGUACAGCUGCAGUGCCCCCAUCUGGUCUGAGCGUUCCCCUCACCUUGGGACAGCCGUGACACAGGCCACCUCCCAGCCACCACAAAGCUGCCCACCCUCCUUGUUCCUGUGUCAGACAGGGACAGUCACAGCCCAGACAGGUACAGUCACUCACGCACAGUCACAGACUAUCAACAGCACAUCAGGCAGACUAACCCCAGAAACAUUUCUUAUACUGAUUUAUUACAGAGACAUUUCCAGCCUAAAGUGAGAAGAAUCUACACCAGACCUUGAAGUGCCACCUCCCAGCUCCUCGGGACAGUCCUGCCCAACACCCAGUUUCAUCCGGAAAUAUUUUAGGUUGUUUCUCUAAAAAGACUUUUUUAGGUGUGUGAGGGGGGAUCUUAUUUUCAUUUAAUUUGCUCAUGAAGGUGCAUGCUUUUUAAAUAAACAUUUGAUUUUAGAUAA